CAUAUCGCCCGAAAUGGCUGGAUCUUCGCGCGUAGCUUCACAGGUAGGGCUAUGAGCUGGACCCUAUUACUUUGAUGUGGCGGUAUGUUGGCGUUUUCUUUUCACGAUUAUGGCGUCCAACUGUGGUACCUAAAAUCAGUCGGGACCUGGUGUCUUUGUUAUAUCAUUACGUUUUUCUGCCCUUCCAUCUCCCACUGCUAGGAGUGCAACGCAAUGUUGAGACUCUCUACUCUUUUCAAAUGAUAGGAGUUCUUUAAGCUGCUCGGACUCUUUACGCGUUCAACCAUGGGCCGUCUUCAGGGAAGGUAUGCCGAGGUACAAGAUCAGAGUUUAGACAGCCUCGAGGAACGUUAUGAGGUGGAAGGCUUUGGCUACCAUUCACAAUACCAUAAUGUGCCUAAUCCUACCGACUUGCAGCACAAUCAUGAGAGUAGAGCAGCCUCUAGGAGCUCUGAACGGCAAUACAAGCCCACGGCUCUGAAGUGGCCGUUCUUGAUCACUUUGCUGUUGGCCUUGUUGACCACGUUAGCAUUUCUCAGCUACGCAGUAACAUCUCUUCCUGUAGUUGGGUCGAAUGAUACGUCUGAACAUGUGCAGGCUAGAGGUUUAUAUCAGCCUUCUGACAUAAUCCAUGCCGUGAAGGCCAGAGAUACCACCGAGUCGAUUUCGUCUAGCCCAGCUCAGACAACACCAUCCGGAUCUGAUGAUGGAACGACGACGGAGCCUCCGAUGACUAAAGAGCCUGGCGAUUACGGUAAAAUUGGAACGCAAACUGUCACGGUUGAACCUAGCCUCACUCCCACAACCAAACCAUCUAGCAAUUUCGGUGAUAUUGGGACGAAAACGGUUACAGAAGCAGAUCCAACUAUCACUACACCCCCAGGAGAUUCCGAUGGUUCGGAUAGUGCUUCGCAAACGCCAACGUUUGCUCCUAGCAAAGAUCAAAGCGAUUUUGGCAGAAUUGGGACCGUCACGAUAUCCGAGGAAACGAAUGACACAUCUGAAACGCCGCUAAUUGAGUCAACAAGAGCUCAGACCGACUACGGUAAUAUUGGAACCGUAACGGUGACAGAGACACCACCAACCUCGACGCCCACGGUCAGUGAGACCGCUGGCAAACCUCCUUCCGACUACGGCGACAUCGGGAGCAAAACCGUCAGCGAACAGCAUCCAGGCUCGUUAGCACCCAUUGAGACAGUGACGCACGUAACACUCGGUGUGACGAUCUUAACUGACGAGAAGGGGUCUGUGAUCGCCACAUCCACAGAGACUCCAACGCCGAUAACUUCGCUAGAAACCAGCACGCUGACAAAUUCCGACGGCGACGCGACGGCAACGCAAGUUGUGACUGUGAUGAUCUCGCCCUCGCUAUCUGUGAAAACCGACAGUGCGGGAAAUCCAACAGCCACAAUUGCGACUUACCCGAUUCCUCCAACCGUGCGCACGGCAGUGUACAGCAUUAACGCGUCGCACUACUUUAUGGGCAAGUUCCUGACCACGGUCGUGGCCAGUAUCCUGGCCAUCGCCGUACGCAUCCUUGACACGAAUGCCAAGUCCUUCCAGCCGUGGCAUGCGCUCACGCACGACCAAGGGGCUCCCGGCCGUGAUUCGCUAUGUCUUGACACCGGCGGCUGGAGGUCACUGCUCAUGGGUCUUCGUUCACUUGUGGGUGGUCACGCGGUCGUCUUUCUCGUGAGCUUGCUGUCGCUGUCAUCAGCGCUGCUUGUUCCUGUUUCAGCCGGGGCAGUUACUUUGGAUUUGAGAGGAGAUGGUUGUAAGAUAGGGGGUAGCACGGCUAGCAACUGCGCCUAUGUCCUCAGUGUCGCGCCGAUGGUGGCCAAGGCUACGCUCGGUAUCCUGGGCGUCAUGAGUCUCGCUACUCUAUUCUUAGUUGUCAUGAUUGGAAGGUGGCGGCUUGGCGUCUACACGAAUCCCUGGGGUAUGUGUACGCUCGCUUCGUUGUCUACCAAUCCGGACGUUCGACGGCUGGUUGUCGAUGCCACUACGGGACCGGAUGCGAAGCACGCAAGAAAACACCUCAGUCAUCAUGACUUCAAGCUCGACUAUUUCCGCAACACGAAAGGACAGAUUGAGUAUGGGGUUGUGGCACUCGAUCGUUUCAAAGGUACCGGGCUGUCGCCUAUGUGGCAGAAUGAGAAAUCGCCACUUACCAGCAACAUUGAAGACAGAGAGUUCCUUGGCAGGAAGCACAGUUCCCCUUUCUUCAUGUUAGGCAUCGUUGGCCGGUUAUGUUUAUUUUUGUUCCUCAGCGGUGUGCUGGUGUUAGUCUUGUACUACGCGCGGACUGGCGGUGACACGGCAUUCGAGCGGUUCAUCGACAGUGACUCCUUUGGGGUUGAAUUCCUCUUCACAGGCUUAGGUGUGGUUAUCAGUAUAUUGUGGUUUGGGUUUCUCGGAGCUGUCUCGACUAUGAACUCAUACCAGUAUCUCUCGGAAAGACCACGUGAAGCCAGUAAAUCAAUUCUCUUGGCGCCACCGACAAAUGCCUUCUCUGGGCUGUGGCAUUCGAUUCGGACACGUCGAUUUUUCCUGGGAGUAGUAUCACUCGCCUCGAUUCUCUCCGAAUCGCUCGGUAUAUUCCUAGGCAACGUCCGUUUUCAAGUUACUCAAACGUUCUUCGUCAAUCAGCUGUGUAUCUGGGCAGCUGUCGGGAUCAUGUCCUUCAUGCUUCUCAUCUUACUGGCCUCCUUUUUCCUCAAGUGGCCGCAUAUGCCGGUUGACCCAAGUACUAUCGCCGGCGCUAUGUAUUACGUUUGUGACGAUUCAGUGGUUGACAAGUUUGAAGGUUUGAGUACUUUGAAUAAAAAGGAGAGAGACCGCGCAGUAACAGGUAUGGCUCUGUUAUACGACUUUAGUGAAAGGAUGAGUAUAGAGGGUGGCAAUAGGGUCGGUCUGAACAUCUUAGAUACAAAAGUGUUUAUGCCCUAGAUAAUGUUAAUGGUACUUGAAAAGUUCUGAAGAGAUGAAAUUGGGUAUCUUCUAUUGAUACAAACUAUUAUACAGAGCAUCUAUGUAUUUGUC